AUGGCUGGAGAGAAGAACAACCUGUUGUCGCCGACGCUUCAUCCGCAACCUCGUUCAGCAGUUCCGUCACACCUACUGAACGGUUCCUCACCUCUGCGGAACACUUCUACCACGACUCGAGCUCAGGAAAGAGACAGACUAGCAUCGAGCAUACAAAGCACAUACAACCGCAGAACUUCAAUAGAUCCUGCAGAGCUGUCAGUCAGCCGCUUAAACUUGGACGGAGAGAACAGCAGAAGCUGGGUAGGUAUGCCAGGAAAGACUGCGCCCGAGCACGCGAUAUCGGAGACUGCACCAGACGAGGAGACACAGACAGGGCCCUCAAAGCCUGUACUACAGCAAGAGCCUAUGAGCGACGCUCGCGAUCAUGCACCUCCCACACCUCCAGUCUCGGCCUCUCGACCAGCAAGCCCUUACACUCUCAACCCCCCGAUCGACUUUGACGGUCUUUCCUGGCCAUGUCCAGGUACUAGAGCACGACUGGAGCAGUCACCUGAACAAGCACAAGAAAGAUUAGACAAGCUAGCAGGCGCAGUAAGGACCAUCUUCGAAUGUAUAGGCGAAGACCCAGAUCGAGAAGGUCUACAGCAGACACCAGAACGAUAUGCGAAAGCACUCAUGUUCUUCACGAAAGGCUACGAAGAAAACGUGCGAGACCUCGUUAAUGGCGCCGUCUUCCAGGAAGAUCAUGACGAGCUAGUCAUAGUGAGAGACAUUGAGGUGUUCUCAUUAUGCGAGCACCACAUGGUACCAUUCAUUGGGAAAAUGCAUAUUGGAUACAUCCCAAACAGAAGGGUACUGGGAUUAAGUAAGCUUGCACGUCUUGCGGAGAUGUUUUCAAGAAGACUGCAGGUACAGGAACGCCUAACGAAGCAAGUCGCGCUAGCAAUCGCAGAGGUAUUGAAGCCCCAAGGAGUAGCUGUGGUCAUGGAGAGCAGUCAUUUAUGCAUGGUUAUGAGGGGAGUGCAGAAGACUGGGAGUAGCACAACGACAAGCUGCAUGUUAGGAGCUAUGAGGAGCAGUGCUAAGACUCGGGAGGAAUUCUUGAGUCUACUGAACAGGGGCAAAUGA